CCGACAUUUGACAGUUGAACGUCAGGUCAGGUUAUGUCAGUUAUGUCAUUUCAGGUUUUGUUUACAUAUGACAGUGACAUAACGUUAAAAAAUAAACCGAAGGCUAUCCGGUGACUGCUUGAACUUUAAAAUAUGUGAAAUUGAUUAUUUAUAGAUCUAGGUUGUUUAUUGCAAUUUGUGACAACACCAGCAGUCUAGAUAACGCACGCGUAAGAAUGGAAAAGGCUAAGGAGAAGGCUUCCAAUGCCUUCCAUAGUUUUUCAAGUGCAAUGGAAAGAAAUUCCAGAGGUGUAGAGAUUGGUUGUUAUUCUGUUGCACUUAUUGGCCUUACAGUUGCAUUAAGGAAGGUUAGACCAUUCAGCAAAUUCAGAAAAGCUUCGGACAUACCAAACCACUUCAUCCGCGAGAAGCGCGAGCUGAUUGGCUAUGUGAACCGGAUCGAACCAGAUGGCGCUCUACUGAUGGUGCAACACAGACCAUUAAUCAACCUGCCUUUUAUUCGACCUAGUCACCUACCAGUAAAAAUAUCCGGAGUUCGAGUAUCAGGACUUGGACUUAGCUGGUUGCAAACCGUCGUUGCAGGGAAGGAAAUAAAGUUCAUACCGAUCGUCAAGGAACGAGAUUUCGUUCAGUGUCAGGUGUUUUUGGAGAAGCAGACUAAAGAGAAGAAGCCUCAUGUAUUGAACGUAGGGGAGAGCCUUUUAAAGAUCGGCUUUGCAGUAACAGAGCAUCCCACAAAACCUUUGUCAGAAGAUCCGUCCUACCUAACCUACUACCACCGCUUACAAAGCGCAGAAAACUAUGCCCUUCGUCAAAAAAUGGGUCUCAGGUAUUACAUAGCCCCAACUCGAGAACUGAUCUUCAAACUGUAUAGUUGGCUAAAUAUUUUGAUUGAUCGUCUGAUCAAACAGAUUACCAAGACUCUUCCGAAGGUUCCCAAGUUUUAUGUUUCAUAGCAAUCAAGGAUCCACGUAGUGAUUGAUGUGGCAAUUCUGAUUCUGCAAAUAUUCGCCAUAUACAAAAUAUUGAAGUUUUUCUUUUAUCCAAAACGUGAAAAAUCAGUGUGGGAGGAUUUGGUAUUGGUUCUUGAGCCAUAAAACUAUUGCGCAUGUGAUUAAAUGAUGUACAUUGAAAUAAUGGUGUACCUACUGAAGAAUAAAAUUAAAGUACACAUUUUUGUAUCAACUUUUUGAAAUAAUUGUAAUUAUUGCAAAAAAUAUUUUCCUUUUGUAUAGAGUCGUACGUAAAAACUAUUUUAGAUAAAGUCACUGCCGUUGUGAUAAAAACUUCCAAUUAAUUCCGGAUAUAUUCAACAUUUCUGAUGCAGUUAUGUAAAAAGGAUUGAAUCAUGUGGAUGGACACAACGAAAAUACAUUGUUAAUGUUUUACAUUAUCUAGUCCAAAAUAAUUGUAAGGGCUACUAACUAAUACUCUGUGCCUAUAAAUAUACUCUCACGUAAACUACAAAUGAGAUUGUAAUUGUUACAUAAGUGAUCAGCGCUAAUUAUUUCUUCUUAAUCUACAUAUUUAUGGCUGAAGAAUUGGUAUCAGUGGUGUGAAUGACUUAGCAACCCCUAUUCCUUAUAUGUUAUCUAUCUUAUUGUAUUUUAUCACAAAUUUGUUAACCGUAUAUGUAAAGUUGAAUAAACUGGAAUAAAAUAUAACUGCCCUGUGAUACUGAAAAUCUUGCUACCUAGUUGUUCUAGUUCAAAUUUGACAGUAAUCUAUAUAAGACUAGAAAUUAUGCUCCUAAGGACAGCAAGAUUUAUAAAAAUUGCAGUAUUUGGUUUUUAUGGACUGACCAGUUUUCCUAAAUCAGCUGUAUGUAUACGUUGUUGGUAAUAAAUCUUAUUUUCCUGA